CGACCAGGUUGUUAGCGGCCAACAAACACCACCGAAGAAGAAAAACCUCCAACCCGGGGAAAUCAAACGAGUUCUAAUGUAACGCACAAAACUUCACAUUUGUCAUUUUCAGCUGGGCAUGAAAUGACAUGGGCAGCUACAGUGACUCCACCAGUGACCUGGACGAGGAGCUGCCUGUGUUCGACUUCCUCAGCCAAGUCUCCCGGAGCCACGCGGAGAAACCCGGCCCGGGUGACGCAGAGGGAGCAGCCCAGCUCACCGCUGUGAAGGGCAGCGUGGGUAAAAGACCGGCGGACGUGAUGAUGAUCAGCAGCGAUUCUGAUGACGGCGCACCUUAUGUCCCGCUGGCACAGAGACUCAAACAGAAACGGGACAAUGUGAUUACCGCCUCCUCCGCGGUUGCUAAUGGGAAAUAUGCUGAGCCGCGUUUAAUGUCCAAUCUGUCCAGCUUCCGUCAGGUGAGAACAGCGUCGGACGGCUCAGAGGACUCGGCGGCUCUUCCUCCCAAGCCUCUCUCCUGCACCGAAACCUCGCCCGCCAAGAGGAAGCCUGCCAAACGUUCGGCCGAGGAGAUGCAGGCCUCGAGAGAGGAGGCCCUGAGGAGGAGGCAGGCGAGGGAGGGACAGCAGAAAGACAAGGGCGCACUCAGGCAGGAGCAGGAGAGGCAGAAAGCAGAGAGGAGAGCUCUGGCGGAGGCGGCCAAAGCGCUGAGGCCGGAGGAGUGCAUCAAGCGCAUGGUGGUGGCCGUGGACCCAGCGCUCCUUCAGCUCGAAGGAGGCGGGACUCUGCUGGCGUCGGUGCAGGCUCUCGGCUGCAGCUGCACCAUCGAGAAACAGCCGCUUCCGCGCAGUAUCAGCUGGAUGAGGAGGACUCCCUGUGCUCAGACUGAGUAUGGUGUGUGUAAACCUGAGGCUCAUGUUGUGAUGCAGAUGACCGUUGACGACUUCAUAGCUCUGAUCCACAGCUACAUCCAGGAGGAGAGGCAGGGCAGGUCUGACUCCGGACCCUCUCUGAGCUCCUGGGUCCAGGAGCAGCAGCGACGUCAUCCGGACAAAAUCCUCAGCCUGGUGGUCAUCGACCUGGAGAAAUACUUCAGAUCCAACAAGUCACAGAGCCAGAAGAGGUUUCGAGAGGCGGUGGCGGGCGAGGAGCAGGGGGGAGGAAAGGCAAAGAAGAAGAGGAGGAAGAACGGUGCAGCCGAGGUUCUUCCUGAAGUUUCACGAGUGGAAUUAGAGGAGGCAGUGGUGCAUCUCCAGCUUCACACAGGCGUCUCGGUCCACUUCUUGUCGACCUGGAAGGACUUCGCCGAUCACAUCGCCAUGACAACCAAAGCGGUUGCCGAAGCUCCUUUCAAGCGAGAGAGGGACGAGACGGGCUUCUCUUUCUGCCUGGAGAGCGAGUGGGCGGGGGGGCAGAAGUCGGAUAAGGCGGGGAAGGGGCUGCUGCAGGUGUGGAAGAGACAGAUCCAGCAGCUGAACAGAGUCAGUCCAGAUAUGGCCUCGGCCAUCUUGGCGGCGUAUCCGUCCCCUCGGCUGCUGCAGAAGGCGUACGAUCUGUACAAGAGCGACAGAGAGAAGAUCGCCCUGCUGUCUGACCUUCUGAUCCGCCGAGGAGAAGGCGUCACAUCCACCACUCGACGGGUCGGCCCCGAGCUUUCCAAACGCCUCUUCCUCCUGAUGAACUCCCGUGACCCGGAGCAGACUCUGGACGCCACCGUGUGACCCCAGAAUGGGAGACGGUGUUUGUUGUUGGUUUUCUAGUCUCGAUGAAUGAGACUGUUUUUGGUUUACUGAUUUUCGAUGGCGGUAAAAGUCAUUUUUUUUACAUUAUGUGCAUAUUAAA